GGUGCUGGGGGCCCUGCCGCAGCAGAGGUCCUCCUCCUUCUCGGCCCCCUCGGUGCAGCCCGCCCGGGGGUUUUCGGGUCCUGCUGAUGCCUGCGGUCCCAGCGCCGGAGGGGACGGCAGCCAACUGUGGUACCAGGGCGUCCCGCUGUCCUUCCCCUCCAGCUCCGUGCCCACUGCCCCGAGCAUGGACUACCAGCACGCUGCCGCCUACCCCGGCCCAGCCGGCCACUUCGUGGCCCAUGGUCAAAACCAUCGGCCCAAUGGCAGCGGCGCGAGCCCUGAGCUGGGCUCCUCACGCCUGGCCUCGCGUGGGCCGACGGUUCCAGAUGCUCCACAGCCGCCUUUCCUGGAGGGCGCAAGUGGCCCACGGUCGGAUGCUGAGCACUUGGAGGGCUCCAGCACAGCGAAGGUGAAGCUGCCCUGCCAGACCCUCCUUCCGCAGCCGGAGCAAGGGCCAUCGGCGGCUGAGCUGAAGCUGGAGGCACUGACCCAGCGCCUGGAGCAAGAGAUGGAUGCUCGGCCGAAGGCCGAUUACUUCGGCACCUGCGUGAAGUGCAGCAAGGGGGUGUAUGGAGCAAACCAGGCUUGUCAGGCCAUGGGCAACCUCUACCACGAUGGCUGCUUCACCUGCGGAGCCUGCAGUCGAAAGCUGAGAGGAAAAGCCUUUUAUUUUGUCAAUGGCAAGGUGUUCUGUGAAGAAGAUUUCCUGUAUUCUGGUUUCCAGCAGUCAGCUGACAGGUGUUUCAUUUGUGGUCAUUUGAUAAUGGACAUGAUCCUGCAGGCUCUAGGGAAAUCAUAUCAUCCAGGCUGCUUCCGAUGCGUGGUCUGCAACGAGUGUCUGGAUGGAGUGCCAUUCACUGUAGACUCUGAAAACAAAAUCUACUGUGUCAGAGAUUACCACAAAGUUUUAGCUCCAAAGUGUGCAGCGUGUGGACUUCCCAUUCUGCCCUCUGAGGGGUCUGAUGAGACCAUUCGGGUUGUGUCCAUGGACAAGGAUUACCAUGUGGAAUGUUAUCACUGCGAGGACUGUGGGAUGGAACUGAAUGAUGAAGACGGGCAUCGCUGUUACCCGCUAGAUGAACAUUUGCUUUGUCACUCCUGUCAUCUGAAACACAUAGAGAACGGCACUACCCCAGCAGCUGUGUACCAGCACCACUACUAGCCAGUGUGGCCGACAUGGGAAAGCCCAGACAGAAGACUUGUUACGUGAUCUCCCUCUCCCCACCCUCAGUUGAUUUCCUGUGCAUGUUUUUCGCCAGUCGGCAAUGCUCCUGUAAAAGGAUAUGAGAGAUUUUUGCUGGUUUCCCAGAGUCUGUAUGCUUGUGAGUUCCAGCUGUAUCAAACCAUGUCUACUUGACCAAGAAUGUGGCAUGUUAUCUAAACUGAUCGGUUUACUUUUACGUGCCUUUUUCUGCUCUCUGGAGAUUCCUCUUCGCUCAUUUCAGAAGAUUCUUCAGUGAAAGCACAACUUGCUGUCGUGCCUAUGAACUCAGAUCGUGCCAUGCCCAAUUAAAAAGCCAGAGGCUGGCUUGCCUGCCUGCCUGCCUGCCGGAGACAUCCCAUCAGUCCACUGAGUGUUUCCUGACAAGCACAUUUCAUCAGAUUCCCUGAAGGACAUCAAUCUAUUAAUACCAGUUUUUAAACACUCUCUCUCUUUUUAUUAAUUCUUUAGGAAAAGUAAAGAAAGGGGUCUGUGCAAAAUGGCGUGCUCAGACCUUCCAGUUAAUUCCCCGAACUCAGGUAUCACGUCUGGCUGUAAAAGCACCAACUCUCCAAGCACAAACCAGACGUGCUGGCUGGCAGGUGGAGGCCAACAUCCCAUUUCAAAGCGAACAAAAAACUGGAACAAGCUAGGCUAAGCUACCCCGGUGACUUGGGGCCCAGGCUUGUGUGUCAGCAUGAUACACAGGGGCCAGUCUGCUGUGUCAGAGACUGAAUAGCGGAUUGUAUUUGGAAAGGAAAGGUCGGCAUGCUGAAAGUGUGGACACUGGGGAAAUCCAGCCGUGUUCUUGCUUGCAGAGCGUGCUUUGGAAAAAAGCUCUCCAUACACAGACACUUGCCUGAGUUUUUCAGCUUGUCCCUACAGCUCAGCCCCCAGCCUGGCCACUCCUUGCCGUGGUGUUCACCCAGCACAAAGCCAUUUCAUAAUGGUGCUUAUUUAGAGCUCUGGGAACAAACUCGAGAUGGUUAUGAAGGCUUGUAAUGGAGGCUUUGUUACACAGGGAUUUAGAGCCCAGCUCCACAACCUGUACUCAAAUGAGUAUGUUGGUAUAAACAGAUUUGCUCCCAUGAAUAACAACAGCUUAUCUGAGCGAGGGGUUAGUGAGUUUGGCCCUUGCUUUCUGUUCUGCUGAGAAAGCAGAAAAGCAGAUCAUUUCUCUUUUUGAACCCCCCUGCUUUAUAGUCAGAGAAAUCUGCUCCCCUGCUGUGUGUUACAUGUAAGAUAGAUGUGCCUGCAGUGCAUGUUCUGUAGGUACCAAAGCUGUGCAGCCCCUUGUGUACAGGUACAAAGUUUUUGUUUAAGAAAAAGCUUUUAAUUUAAAGUCUCAGAUGCAAUCAGGGAUCUUAGCUACCCUUUCCGACGUACUGUGUGGAAAACUAGUUAAAUCCUAAUGUAUCCGUGCUAAAGAUGUAAAGUCAGUUGAUUGAUAGAGGACAGGAUGACAUUCUUGAAGGUCUUUUUAGUGAGGAAACUACAAUAAAUUAGCUGAGCAGUGGCACUGGGACUCCUGACAUGAGCCUGUGCCAAGAACCCACUAUGGUUCAAUCAAACCUCUUUUCCCAUAGCAUGAAUGUAGCUAGAUAGGUGCUUGAACUUCACACCAUGUAGUCAGACUGCCUCGUGUACCCAUCUGGAGCAGCACAGGUGCCGGCUGCAGCAAGCUGCCUGUCUCUGCCUGUGCUAAUGAAUACCACGGGCCUCUGUUUUGAGUGGUGCAAGUUGCUGCGCUAAGUAUUAAACAGAGGCACAAGCAUCUGCUGUGAAACGGAUGAAGACCAGUGGCUUGUUAGCACCCUCCUACACGUCUGUAUCAGCUUGCCUUGGCUGAAGUGUGAACGUUUGAAACUGCCCAAGCCUCAGGAGCUUGGUGGUUUUGGCGUGGAGUUUCACUGGGCUGGCAGACCCUCUAGCGUUCUGCCCCAUCCAGCUGCAAGCGCCUCCACCUGUUGCUGCUGCUCUUCAGGAUGGGGACAGCGGCACGUGGCUGGAGGUCGGGGCCGCGCUGGAAACCAUCCAGAGCCCCAGCUUUCAUGUAGCUUGGCUCUCUGGUGCCGUUUCUCCCGGGGACAUGCAAGCCCUCAGUGAGUGGCCGAAAGCUCAAGGCGGGGGACUUUCCCACUGCAGUAUACAUGGCUCUGGGGCAUAUAUAAUGCGGAGAGUUUUAUCUGUGAUUUUAGAGGAGGUAAAAUUGACCCCAAAUAUGUGAGCUCCCUGGAGCCUUAAAUUUGGCCUCCGAAUGCUGGAUAGCAAAGGGAUGGGAACCGACACAAAAUAUAACUGGUGCUGUAUCCAGGCAAUAUGGAUUGGGGGCAACGAAACACCCAGGGCAGAUCCUGCAGUGCUCUCACCCUGGCGCAGCGUGUCAGCUUGUGUCCUGCAGCACAGCUGGGCAUGGGGGUGGGUGGGAGGUAUCUCAAGAUGCGACUAUAAUCUUAGGACUGUCUGAAGGGACUGAAGUGGGAAAUAACGCCAGCUGAGUGUCCCUGGUAAAUAAUUCAGAUAGUUCUGGGCCGGCGGUUCCCCUCUCUGAGCUUCUUCUGGCAGCGAAGACCGUGAGAUAUCAAAGUGGCUUCUGGAAGUGAGCUGGAAACACCAGCCCUGAUCUGUCGUUCUGUCUCUGAGAGGCCAGCUACUACAUGGCUCAUGCUUUUGCUAGCUCUUGAUUUUUAGAGCAGCCCCUCACGCACAUUUUCUGGCCUUGUUUUGGGAAGAUUU